GGUUUCUUUUAUUAGGGUAAGUCAUCUAACCCUUAACUUAUUUAUAUACUCUCAAAAGUCUCGGGAACUUUGAAAUCUUGUUUCAAAUUUUCCACAACUCUCUCUGUCUCUCGUUAGUUAUUUCUGCUACCGGAUUUCCAUGGAGACCUUAGCCCUUGACAGCCUAAGUUUGCCGAUAUUUUUCUUCUUGUUUGCUUUCUUUUAUCUCUGUGCUUACUUUUCACUCUUCCAUGACUGGGGUCCCAAACACCGGGCUGCAGCUUCAAGCUGCUUUAUCUACUUUGUUCAUGGAUCGCCUGCCGCUUUAAUGGCUCGCAUGGCAUUAAAAAACACCCAAUCUCCUACUUUCGCUUCUCCAAACUCUGUUUUCGACAACAUUGUACUUGAUUACAGUAUUUCUUACUUCUUGAUGGACCUUCUCCAUUAUUUAGUCUUUUUCCCUAAUGAUAUUCUCUUCAUUCUCCACCAUCUGGCAACAUUGUAUGUGUUUUUCACAUGUCGUUACAUGGUUCAUCACGGGGCAUAUGCCCUUCUCGUGCUACUUGUUCUUGCCGAAGUUACAAGAUUUUGUCAGAACAUCUGGCUUCUUGCUGGUUUACUUGGAGGUGAUGUUCGAUUAGCUGCGAAUUUGUACAAGCUUUUGUCUCCUCUGUUUUAUGUUUCAUAUUCUAUUGGUAGGGGGAUUGUGGCGCCCUUCUUUGUGCAUAAGAUGGGGGUCUUCUAUCUAAGUGGGAUGGCUAAGAAUUUGAUUCCAGGUUGGGCUUGGGCUUCUUGGAUGGUUGUGAUCGUCACAGCAAUCCUGGCUAGCAUAGUUUGGAUCUUCGAUCACUGGUAUAAAAGAAGCUAUGAAGCGGUGAAGAAAGUGGUCUACAGUUAUGGGUGCCACCACAAUAGAUAGUCAGACGAAGUCACCGUUUAGAUUCCACCGCAUGUUGGUACGGCAAG